UUCAUUUUCAUUCUGUGGCGAAGCACAAAUGUUUCGAUCACUGUCAGUGUGGUAUAGAUUAGGUGCAACUCUGAAGAGGGGGGUCAUCAAUGGAGAAUCUUCUUCUUCAACAUUAUUAUCAGCACCAACAGCGGUUAAGUAUUCUCACUUUACAGAAACUAGGGUUACUUCAAUCUUCUUCUCUUCCUUCUCUACUACCACUGCUAGUAAUACUACUUCCGAUUCUUCUUCAUUUGUGGUUUCUUAUCUCAUUAAUUCGUGUGGAUUAUCACAAUCUGAAGCUAUUAUUGCUUCUAAAAAAAUCAAUUUCAAAACCAAAACGAAACCAGAUUCAGUAUUAACCCUACUUAAAACAUAUGGAUUUACUGAACCCCGACAUUUCUAAAUUAAUCAAUUACUAUCCAUCCAUCCUCUCAUCUGAUCCUCAUAAAACCCUUAAACCAAAAUUAGAUUUUUUCAAAUCCAAAGGGCUUUUUACACCUGACCUUGUUAACUUCUUCUCAAUUGGCCCGGCGAUUCUGAUGUCCAGUUUCAGUAAAGUGAUAAGCCCUUCUUUCGAUAUCCUUAAGAGCAUUGUUCAGUCUGACCAAAACGUCAUUAAAUUGAUUAAACGAAAUUCUUGGAUUCUCUGUACAAACCAAGUUAAAAAAUUGAUGGUCAACAUAGAGCUUUUGAGAAAUCAAGGUGUCCCUCAAACUAAUAUUUCUAACUAUCUAAUCAACCAACCUAGAAAAUUUACUGGAGAUGCCAAUAGUUUUAGAGAGAUUGUAGACAAGGUUAAAGACAUGGGUUUUAAUCAUUUACAAACCGCAUUUCUCAGGGGAAUAAUCGGAUUGGCAUCGAUGAACGAAGCCAAUUGGAAAAAUAAGAUGGAUGUUUACAAGAGAUGGGAUUGGUCUGAGGAUCACAUUCAAACAGCAUUUAGGAAAAAUCCUUAUUGUAUGACGGCAUCAGAGAAAAAGAUUAUGGAGGUUAUGAAUUUUCUUGUGAAUGAAAUGGGUUACGAGUCUUUGAGUAUUGCGGAAUACCCAAUAAUUGUUAAUUGUAGCUUGAAGGCGAGGAUUAUCCCAAGGUGUUCUGUUAUCAAGGUUUUAGUCUCCAGAGGUGUGAUCAAAGAAAAAAUUCCUAUAAACACAAUUUCAACAAUGAUAGACAAGUCUUUUCUGGAAAAAUUUGUGAAGAAGUAUGAGCAAGAAGUUCCUGGACUAAUGAAGGUAUUCCAAGGUCUGUUGAAUUACCAAGAGCUACUACAGAACUGAAGGAAUGGUUGAGAUGAAUGCGCAGUACCGAGUUCUGACCGUUGGAUUCCCUUUCGGUGAAAAUUGAAGUGGAAAUCGUUUGUGUUUCCAGCCGGCAAAAAAAUAAAUAACCAUUGGAUCUGCCGGGUAUUUAACUCCGACGUACCCCUGUCGAUCCGACCAUGGGGUGGAAAUAUCUCCUCUUCACUUGCUUCGUUCUUCUUCCAUUGUCUGCUGCUCCAAACCAAUCUCAAUACUUUCCCUCGCAAUGUUUCGAACUUCGUUGUGCAAAUCAGGGGCAACACUGAAAUGGCAGCUCAUCAAUGGAGAAUCUUCUUCGUCAUUAGCAGCUAAGUAUUUUCUGUUUACAUUUCAAAAUCCAAAUGUUGUAAUUUAUAAAUCUAGGGUUACUUCCAUCUUCCCUUCCUUCUCUACUACUAGUGAUAAUAGUAAUUCUUCUUCUUCAUUUGUUGUUUCUUAUUUGAAAAUCAAGCUAUUACUGCUUCUGAAAAACUCGAUUUCAAAACCACUUCUAAUCCCGAUUCCGUCUUAAGUUUACUUAGAACUUACGGAUCCACCGAACUUCACAUUUCUAAACUAAUCAAUAACUAUCCAUUCAUCCUCUCAUCUGACCCUCACAAAACCCUCAAGCCCAAAUUUGAUUUUUUUCAAUUCUAAAGGGCUUUCUGGAGUUGACCUUGCCAACUUCAUCUCAGUUUACCCAACGAUCCUGAUGUACAGUUUUGAUAGAGUAAUAAUCCCUUCCUUUGAUAUCCUUAAGAACAUUGUUCAUUCUGAUGAAAACGUCAUCACAAUGCUUAGUUAUUGGAUUCUCAGUUCGAAACAUGUUAAAAGAUUGAUGGCCAACCUAGAGCUUUUGAGAAAUCAAGGUGUCCCUCAAAAUAGAAUAACUACCUAUCUAAUCCAACAACCAAGAGCUUAUGCGCAAGAUGCCGAUAGAUUUAAAGAGAUUGUAGACAAGGUUACAGAAAUGGGUUUUGAUCCUUCCAAAAUUACAUUUCUUAAAGCUAUACAUGGAUUGUCAUCAAUGAGCGAAGCCAGUUGGAGGAAAAAAAUGGAUAUUUACAAGAGAUGGGGUUGGUCUGAGGUUCAAAUUCAAACAGCAUUUAGGAAAGAUCCUAAUUGUAUGACGGUCUCGGAGAAGAAGAUUAUGGCAGUUAUGAAUUUCCUUGUGAAUGAAAUGGGACACGAGUCACUGAGUGUUGCCGAAAACCCAAGAGUGUUUACUUGUAGUUUGAAGGAGAGGAUUAUCCCAAGGCGUUCAAUUAUCAGGAUUCUACUUUCAAGACUGAUUGAAGAAAGCAUUUCUCUAGGUGUACUUUCAAGAAUGUAGAUGAGUCUUUUUUGGAGAUGUUUGUGAAAAAGUUUGACCAAGAAAUUCCUCAACUAAUGAAGGUAUUCCAAGGUCAGUUGAAUUACCAAGAGCUACUACAGAACUGAAGGAGUUGUUGAUAUAUAUAACUGGUAUGGUAGACAAUUCUUUUUUGGAGAAAUUUGUUAUAAAGUAUGAGCAAGAAGUUCCUGAACUCAUGAAGAUAUUCCAUGGUCAGUAAAUUACCAACAGCUUCUUCAGAACUGAAUGAUUUUUAUGAGAUGAAUGCGCAGUACUGGUACGUAGAUUAUCUGAAUUCACAUGUUUACAGCGUACAUAAUCCCAUUUUGUUUAUGCAUUUUUUAUUAAUUACAAAGCAAAAACUGUGUCACCUUCUUACUUAUGAACAGCAGGAAGAAUAUAUGUCAUCAUAGUAUAGUUGUUUGAAUCUUCAUUAUUGCCAUGUUUAUCAUAAGUGCUGCAUACGAUUCAUGAAUUCCGAUUGCGAAAUCAAAGGAUG